GUGCAGGCAGGCUCCAUGAUCCCCCAUAAGCGUGUGUGUGGGUGCCCCUCUCCGGACACACGCCGAAUUUGUAUUUUUGCUGGCGUCCCAUCCACCCCCCAAGAAAAAAAUUGUUUUUUUUUUUUUUUGUUUUUUGUUUGGUAUUUCAAACCAGCGGCGCUUCGUGGUGAUAUUCAAAUACCCCCAUUGCACAAAGAUCAAUUCUCGGUUGUCACUCCCGUAGCUCCCUUCGUCUUCCUUGUGGUCUUCGUCUCCACUGCAGUUCUAGUUUUGUUUCAGGUAGCCAUGUCGAGGCCGGGGAUGGUUAUCCCAGUGACGGUGUUGGUGAUGAUGAUGGUGGUGGGUGUGACUCCGGCAACGACUCCCGCAGCCGACUGCAAUGCAGCUACGGCGAGUUUGUCGCCGUGCUUCGAGUACGUGACAGGAACAGGUGCGACGCCACCCAAGGAGUGUUGCUCUGGAUUGAGUACCUUGAACGCCAACAGCCCCAGUUGUCUGUGUCAAUUGAUCACGCAGCUCAACGGCAGUAGUAGUGCAGCGUCCUCUGUAAACAUUACCAAAGGUUUGAGCCUUCCGAAGGAUUGCUCGAUCACCUUAGUGACCACAAAUUGUCCCGCUCUGGCGAAUUUGCCUCUUUCGCCACCGGCCGGCACAACUACGACACCAAUGACUGGUUCUUCAGGUCCUGCUGCAGCCCCCGGACCUUCAAGUGAUGUCUCAAGGCUUUUGCCGAGCAGCUGGAUAAUGGCCUUGGCCAUUGCAGGAGUGCAUGCGUUGUUCUGAGAAGUGUACGUGACAAGAUUAUGUUAGCUAGUUAUUGAAAUUUUUGUUGUUUUUAGCAAAAAAAUUGGAACGCUUUGAUAUAAUGUAUGCGUUGCACAGACAACAAGCAACUUUUUCUUUCUCUGCA